UCGUGGUGAUACUUGACUGCAUCAUUGUCUCCUGCGGAAUGUGUAUAUAUACAUAUAUACAAAUAUAUGUGUAUAUAUAUGCUACAUUGUCAAACCUGUUAUCAAACGGUCCACAAGUGCUACGUUAGCUAACGUAAGCGUUACCGUUUUAGGAUCAAGUGAUUGCAAGUUAACUAAUUAGCUCUAGCUGAAGUGUAACUCCGAGUGAGGGCGACGCUGGGGUAAUGCUGCAGCGAAUACACGUGCAGCUGGUUUUCUAACUAACGACAAGCUUUCGGCUCCGAGUAUACCAGGUUGUCAACGUAGAAUACAAUUGGAAAGAAAUGUUUAUUUUCUCCCCAACAAGAUCUACCUAUGUCCUAAGUAAAGUAACAUAAACGUUAUUAUUUACGAACUACUUGACAAUUUGUAAGACGCAGGCUUAGAAAACCAAUAUUUAAAUGAAUGUUCAACCUGUCGAGCUGUAUAGUAGGCUACAAUGUGUAAGGUUAGGAUGAGGUCACAGAAACAACAGCUGAGCCAGAUACACGAGUGAUAUUGUGCAGUAUAGAGUAUCAAAAGUUUGAAUGUUUUGUUAGUAGAAGCCCACGUAGCCCUCGUUAGGUAUUAGGUUUUAAGACAUGGUUGAAGGUAAGCUACUGAGACUAGAAUAUACAUCAUAUUUAUAGCAACAGUAUAUUGAAGACCACCUUCAUCAGGUUGGGCAUACUCAUCCUAACCAAGCUAUAGCUAGAGUUGUUAACUUGUUCAGCACCAACAUGGGUUGGUGCCAGGAAUUGGGGGUGUGGAGGGGAGUUACCUUUUUCAAUAGUAAGUAAACACCACAAUUUACCUAUGUAGAUCCCAAGUGUGAUUUCCCUUCCUCUUCAUCAUAAUGUCAAACGUAAUAACUACUCUAUGUAAGAUGAACACUGAGGACAAGUUGGAGGGCAUGCUGCUGAAAUGCAGCAGCGGGGGAAUAGAUGGAGGAGGGAGAGUUGGGCUUGGCAGUGGAAGAGGACUGGUGGUGAUGACGCUGGGGGAACGAUCACUGGCAAACCACCCACUGUUGGCUGAGGACGACGAUGAUGAUGACGAAGACGAAGAUGAGGACUUGACUGGGAGCUCACUAGUCACACACGACCUGGUCCCCCCAGAGCAGCUGAUGAUGCAGGAGGAAAUGACAAAGAAUGGUAGAGGAGGAGAAGAGGAGGAGGGAGGAGGCGAGGUGGGAGUGCAUUUCCCCCUAAAACUCACCAAUAAGUUCCCCUGCUUGCUUCAUAUGCCAUUGAGCAUCAAGCAAGAACUGAAGCAGUCUGAGACAGCGGUCCAGAUGAAGAAGGACAAAAAAGCAGUUACGGACCUGAUGAUUUGUCCAAAGAAAAAAAAGAGGAAGCAACGUUCCCCAGCAAAGAUUCUCAACAUCAAUGAUGAUGAAUCAUUGGGCUUACAAAACCCCAAGUGUCACGUCUGCAUUCACUGUAAUGCUGCAUUCAGAACCAACUACCAUCUGCAGAGGCAUGUCUUCAUUCACACUGGUGAGAAGCCGUAUCAGUGCAGCCAGUGUGAUAUGCGCUUCAUUCAGAAAUAUCUCCUCCAGAGACAUGAGAAGAUCCACACUGGGGAGAAGCCUUUUCGCUGCGAUGAGUGUGGGAUGAGGUUCAUCCAGAAAUACCACAUGGAGAGACACAAGAGGACUCACAGUGGCGAGAAGCCUUACCAAUGUGACUACUGUCACCAAUACUUCUCCAGAACCGACCGGGUUUUAAAGCACAGACGAAUGUGCCACGAGAACAGAGAGAGAAAAACCAACAAGGCAGCCGGUAAAGUUGGGCCUUUGUGCGAAGCCGAUUCUUCGGGCCUCCCCUUUUUUGCCAAAGAGUGCUCACUGCCCAAGAAAAAGCGGCAAAAGUGUGCAGACAAGAGUCCAGUCGCUUCCACCAAUGCCCAGACGGAUGGACACACCGUCACCGCCGUCGAAAUGGAGGAAAAGGACGAGCAAAGGCGGAAUAAAAUUGACGGUCUACCUCUCUAUGCCGUGUCCUCCAAAGUCAAACAUGAGUACGUGAUCGCAGAUUACUCCGAGGAGCUGGCUGAAGAAACGGCGAGCCAACACCCAGAGGGCGACGUGUCAUCGGAAGACACGACCCCUCCCAAACUCGUCCUGAAGAAAGUCCCCAAGAGGAGUCUCAAACCGUCCAGUGAGCCAACGCCUCCCUGCCUGUCCACUGUGUCUUCCCUCGGGGAACAUCCGAAGGUCGCGCAGUACACCUUUGAAAUCGUGGACAAGCGAGGCCUUCUCGAAGUGGAACGCAACCCUGAACUCGAGUCGGUUGAAUCUCUUCAAGGAGGACCGAGGAAGCCAGCAGCGAGCAGCACAAACUACGACGACGCCAUGCAGUUUCUCAAAAAGAAGCGGUAUCUUCAGGCGGCGGCGGCCGACAACAGUCGGCAUUACGGAUCCAACGCGAGCGGCGUUCCGUCUCGAGCGCCCGCGACGCAAACCGCGGCGUCGGCGGCUAUCGACGAGACGGUGCCUGCCACCAUCCUGGAGCCGCAGCCCGUCGACACGGAGACGAAGGCGCCGCAUGACAAGAGUGUGUUGCCAGACGAGGUUCUUCAGACGCUGUUGGAGCAUUACUCCAACAAAGCCAACGGGCAAUCGGACAUUUCUUUCAGCGUGGCGGACACUGAGGUGACAUCGAGCAUCUCCAUCAAUUCCUCUGAUGUUUCAGACAGCAGCCCCGUCGAGAGUCUCGGAGCCUCCGGCGCCCAGGCGCAGCCCGCGACUGAGAAGGUCAGCCUCUUGCAAGAGUACUCCAAGUUUCUCCAGCAAGCAUUGGAGAGGACCAGCCAGAACGACAGCUACCUGACCAGCCAGAGCCUCAGCUUGGUCUCCGAAAACCCCACCUUAGCCGGACAGCCGCUGUUCUCCACCGACAAACAGUUUCCUUCCCCCAGCAGGUUCAAAUCGGGGAUAAGCUCUCCGCUGAGGUCGACUGUAGAGAAACCCAACUUUGGAUUACUGGUCGGGGACUCCCAGCACUCGUUUUCGUUUUCAGGCGAUGAGACCACCCCUCCCUCCGCUGUGUCCCCAGCUGAGGAGGACUUCCUGGAGCAAGUCUCGCCCUCCAAAAAGACGGAUUCUUCACAAGGCAUACUGCAGACUUUUCAAAUCAGCUCCUUUGAUCAGAACUUCAAGUCUAAUUUCCAGACGUCACGGUCUGGACCCUCCUCGCUUUUUAGUGUUGCCAAUGGACACAUAAGUCUUCGAGGACACAGCACAGACUUCUCAGAGUUCCCCUCGCUCAGAGUCACUGAGACCAGGUCUCAAAUGAACUCCUCCCCUGAUGUUUCCGCCAGUGAAACCUUUGGCUGAAGGGAGGGGUGAACAAUUCAUUUCUGUUCAUAAUUUCAGCGGCACUUUAUCUCACGUUUCCUGUUUUGCCAAAACAAGUCCCAUUGCAACCAUGUGCUCUUCCUCAAAGUGUUUUGUUUCGUGGAAAUAACUUUUCUUUCUUUGCAACCUCAUAAAAUGGAAAUACUGAACAUGUGUAUCAUAAUUGGCAUUCCCCCUUAAAAGAAGCAAACAAUUGUAAUUGUGCAUGGAUGUAUUUCUUGCCCCAGAAUGUACAUUGAGAGUAUUCUCUCAUACCGUUGCCACGUACUUUAUGUUUCAUGUUUUGUCAGUUUGCCUUGCACAAAUAUGAUCAAGUCACUCGUGCUGCUUAAUGCAAUAUUUCCACUUAUUAAAACAUAGGCCCUAUUUAUAUAUAUAUGCCUUUUUGCUCGUAGCUCCCCUUGCUGUUUAUCUGGUUAAAUUUAAGUCCACUCCUAGAACCUUAUUAUUCCAGCUUUGUCACUCCUGUUACGUUGUCUCCUGAAAAGACGCCAUGAUUAGACCGUAGCUGAUUCUUCAAUUUAAGUCACUUUACUGUCGCCUGAGAUUAGUGUGUCCGAAUGAAAUGUGUAGUGAAUGCGGCAGGAAACCGAUGAUGUUCCUCUCAUAUGGAAUCUAGUUUAUUUUCCACGUGCAAAUUAAGCUUAAUUGUGUUGGUGUGAUGGCCCAAAGAAAUAUACAAAUAGCUCUCUUAAAUAAACAAAGUAAUAAGUUAUUCUCUCUGUGGAUGAAUGUAUUGGCACGUACUUCGGUGACUAGUGCAGCAGAGGCAGGAAAGAAAAUACGAUUUAGAUUUAGGUAUCAAAUUGGUUCCAGGGUCAUUAUUGUUUUCCUUCAGCAGUAUAAGUGAGUUGUAAUGAAAUUACUUUUGAGGAUUGUGCUUAAUUUUUGCACAAUGUACACAAUCUUUCACGACAGGAAUGUAGUGUGUACUUUCAGAGUUGGGUUAUUUGAACAUUGCAGGCGUCACUUCUGAUGCAGCAGUCAGAGCUGCAGUCGUUCAGUACUUUUGAUUGUUCUUGGUGGACGAUGCCCAUGUUUUGGGGAGACGACGACGUGAUGAGACCCACUUGUUUUGAUUGAAACUCAAAGUUGUAUUACGGCUGUAGUAUGAAAGUCCACAUGGAAAUGGGGUGCUUGGUUUUUCCACUUUAUGAGUUUUGCAAAUGUGCCUUUUUUUUUCUUCCAGGCUUUUCUUUACUCAUUCCCGUUUAGGUAUUUCAGUUUUUUCUUAGUCCGAGCUCGAAGGCAACUAAUUCCACUUGCACAACAACAACAAACACAUAAGCGACCAACGUAUUCGGUCUGUAACACGUUGAGAUCUGGGAGCGUUAUUUAAUUGUACCCAUCAUAUUUGAUUUUUUUUUUUAUUUGGGCAGAAAUGUCAUCUAGUUUAAUUCUCAAAACGUUGACAAGUGGUUAGAAGGACAACGUGUUGUCGUUGUCUGCGCAGUAUGCGAGGACAGAAUCUUGUUUCAGACUUGUGGUUUUGAUCGCUAGGAUUCAGUCGUAAGCCACAUUUGUCCGAGCCUUGUGGAGAAAAAUAGAACUGCGUAAGUUCUCAUCUGGGCUUCAUCACGCUGUUGAUUGUUUUCCGUGAGCACAUGUAUGUGCGAUGUUUUAGGUGCUAUUGUUUAAAACACUGUUUUUAUAUGCACCGUCAGAUUAGGUUUGAUAAUCAAUGUUAAACUCCCUCAUGUUACACCUCUCCGGACAAUCAGAGACAGACAGCACCCGCAUUCAUCAUCAAAUACGCUAUUUCUCCACAUUCCCACUAUAAUGUAUAGAAGAUUACCUGCUGUAAAUACAUUAUUAUGUUCAUGUUCAGAGAAGAUCCAUCAGAUCUGUGUGUCAAUAGAGAGACCAUGAUUGUGCAAGAGACACUUUUUGUCAGUGGAAGGCACAUUUAUUAGUUUUCCAGCAUUUAUUACACUCGACAAUGAACCAUUUCACUUGCUGAUGUGGCUCUCUGAGGUUUGUGUGUUUAUGUAUAUAUACAGUAUAUAUAUAUAAAUAUAUAUAUAUUUAUAUUAUCACCUCUGUUAUCAGAAGAUUCACACUUUUCAUUGAUGACAGGUUAACUUUAAUUUUGAUUAUUCUUUUGUAAAUUCAUGCAGAUGAUUGUGCAUUAUGAUGGGAUUUACUGUAUACAACUGUUGGUAAUGACAACCCACCCCCCCAGAAAAUGUUCAUUUGGUUUUAAAGUAAUACUCAACCUGUAAUCUGUCUUUUUUUAUUGUUAUCAAGUAUUUGUCCUCAGCAGCUGUGGUCGGCGUGAAUUCAUGUCAGUUAAAAUACCUUUUGGGUGGAGUACAACACAAAAUAAUAUUUCACGAGCGACACAUUUCAUUGUCAACUGUUAUUGAAAGCACAACGCAGAGGAGUAAAUCUGCUUUGGUAAAUUGUCCCCCUUGAAUUGUUCAUUGUUUUAAAUUCAAUUGAGUAAUUUAAAAUGCAGAACUGAUGGGUUGUUCACGAGUUGUUUCAACAGUGCUAUGGUAUUCGUUCAUUUUAAUUAACUGUAGGUUAGCUGGCCAUAAGUGUCCUUGUAUAAACUAGAGAAAAUGUUUUGGGUAAAAAUAUCUGGAUUAUUGAAUUUUUUGAUACAAAAUAUUUUUGAAACCUGUCAUUUAAGACACUGAAAUGUACAGUAUAUCAGAUGCAGUCACUAUUGAUACCCUUGUUUAUCUCUGUAAAAGUUGUUUGUGUCAAGAUCUUUCAAUUGCCGAUGGGAUACUCCUUCUUUGACGUUUGGCUUUUUCAUACUUUUAAGAACUUGAGGAGGAAGCCCGACUGCUUCCCUGUCAGGUCGAGCUUAAGUUAGACGGUAAGGUUUAUUUGCAUGGUCACUAACUUGUUGGGUCGAGUGAACUUGUUUUAUGAAUAAUGUGCAGCUUUAAUCGUAGAUGAUUAUUUUCAGUCAAAUAACCCAUAUGAUUAGAUUUUUGCAAUAUUAUGAUUUGUAAACAAUCUUAUUAAAUUGUUGUUUUGAUUGUUGUGUGUCAUGUUCUUAUAAAUAAAAUAAAUUCACAGUA